UUCACGAUUACACAGAAAGAGAGAGAUUUGAGAGAGACAGAGAGAGUACCCGGUGAUGAAAACAGGAGUUUCUGGCGACAACUGGAAGUCCGAUGACCCACUACCGGAGGGCUGGACAGUCCAGGUCAAAGUGAGGAGCAACGGUAAAAAAGAUAAGUCUUCUCAGUAACUCAAAGAUGAACCCAAAAUGGAAAGAUGCCUAAUGGGUUCUAUCCUGCUGUUCAAGAUUGGGGGAUAAGACUAUUCGAGUAGGACAAAGUCUUGGGCUUGCAACCUCUUGGUAGCAGGUUCAAGACUUCACAACAACCACCAUCUCCAGAAUUCUCUUCACAUGACCCUAUUUUGAUGGAACAUAACUAGUGUUACUUUCCUCCCUCAGGUGAAGGUAAAUUCUACUCCAAACUAGAGGUAGUUCGCUAUCUUAACAACAGCAAUCCUAAAUCUGAAGAGAAGGAAAAAGGCAUUGACCAGCACAAUGAAAAUGUUGUAGUUGAGAAGGCUGAGCCAAAAGGAUUACCUCCAGGAUGGACCAAAGAAAUCAAAGUGACAAAGAAAGCUCAUAAAAUCAGAAGGGAUUCGUAUUACACUGAUCCUGCAAGCGGAUAUGUAUUCCGCUCUAUGAAGGACGUACUUCGCUAUCUUGAAACUGGGGAGGUAGGGAAACAAGCAUUCAAGCCCAAAGACAAAGGCAACAAUGAUGUUGAGUUGGAAGAUGAUAAAGCAUGUUCACCAGCUGCAGCAAAGAAACAAAAGUUGGCAGUCAAUGGAACAAGAAGUCCAACUAUAAGUGAGAAGAGCUCAAAGCCAUUUGAAGUUGCAAAGGAUGAACAAGUACUUAGUUCGGCUAAUACAGGAGAAUCCUUGCCUGUCUCUGAGCAUAAUGUAGUAGGUGCUCAGUCUAACAGCUCAGAAGUGCCAGAGGGCAAAGGUUCAAACCAAACAGUAGGGAAGAGUGAUCCUGCUACAAGUGUAAUAGCUACUGCAGUUGAUAUCCUCCCAAAUGAGCCACCAGUGGAAAGUAGGGUGAUGAAGGAUGAAAUUAGAAGUACACCUCAAAAAUGCAAGAAGAAAAAGAAUCUUAACCUGCCUCGCCGGGCUUCAAAGCGACUUGCUGGCCUUCCACUCGAUCCUACACCUGAAUUGAAAACAACAAACCGAGCCCGUCAAGCUCCAGUUAAACAGUCUGAUGAUAUAGUUGUAAGUACAGGUGGAGGUUCUUCCCACACUGAGCUCCCCAAAAGCACAAAAUGUUCAUUUGAGUCAAAUAAGAGCAAGCAUCCAAUUGUACAUACAGCUGCUCCAAGCGAACAUGUAGAAAAGGUAGAAAGUGUAAAAAGGGGUGAUGAGAAGCCUGAACAUGCUGUUGUUUCAUCUAUAGGAAAUCUAGUAGAAACAGAAAAUGAGGAUAGUAAGAAGUGUGAACAUGCUGUUCUUUCAGCUGGUAGGAAUCUGGCUAUUGGAGAGGAACAUCCUGGAAUGAUCAUAACUGACAAUAAUGCUGAUGAGAAGCCAGGACUGCCUAUUGACCUGCCACUUGGGGAGUUAUGGCAAGAUCCAUGCAUUGCAUUUGCAAUAAAAAUCCUCACUGGAAUAUCAUUUGACAAUUCUGGAAGUGUACAAGUCUCAUCAGGGUCAAACAAUAGUGAAUUUGGGAGCUCAACUGCUUUGGAAGACCAUGCCAGGAAAGAGGAAGAUCAUAGGAAGCAAGGAUGCACUGUUCAUCAGCCUCUGGUUAACAUAGUUACUUCAGAAGAACGUCCUAGAGGAAUUGACAUUGGUGAUAAAAGUGAUGAGAAGCCAGGAUCCCCUCUUUCUUUUGCAGAUGCAUGGGCAGACCCCUGCAUUGAAUUUGCUAUAAAAACUCUCACAGAUGCAAUUCCAUUAGACUAUGAUAUGGUCAUUCAGGAUUGUCUUCCACAGAAAGCGAGCUCAUCACAGUCACAAGAAAGUAGUGGCUUGACCUUGCAGAAUGUAGGUGAGCCUGGUCAAACCGAAUUUUUUUAUCGGCAAUUUGGCAUUUCAGAGAAGCCUUCAUACAAUCAAGGGGCUUUGAUGGAGCCUGCAUUACCACACGCUAAAAAUGUGAACUUAGGAUACUCGGGUGGAGCCAUUCACCAUCAACUCAGUGAAGACAGAAGCAAAGAAUAUAAAAGGUAGCAAUCCAGUUGUAGUAAUCAAUUCAUUGUACAGUCUAGGGAACUUCGAUCUGGACGUGAUUAUUUUUGGGACGAGAUCAUCUGUAAUUCUCUAGUUAGCAUGAAUGUUCACCCCCUAAUCUAUCUGUACUCAGAUAUAAACUUUGUUGUCAUUCAUUUGAGAUAAAAAUUAGUUGGAACAGCAGUUUUUCUUA